CGGGUCACCAGGCAUCAGGUCAUUUGGCUCGACAGCGGGCACCGCACCGCGUCAUCUGGCAAGGCAGUGGGCUCCGAGUCAACAGGCACGACAGUGGGCACCGGGUCAUCAGGUACCGGAUUGUCUGGCUCGACAGCAGGCAUCGGGUCACCAGGUAUGACAGCGGGCACUGGGUCACCAGGCAUCAGGUCAUUUGGCUUGCCAGCGGGCACCGCGUCAUCUGGCAAGGCAGUGGGCACCGGGUCACCAGGCAUUGGAUCGUCUGGCUCGACAGCGGGCAUCGGGUCACCAGGCAUCAGGUCAUUUGGCUCGCCAGCGGGGCACACCGCGUCAUCUGGCAAGGCAGUGGGCACCGAGUCACCAGGUACGACAGCGGGCUCUGAGUCAAUUGGCACGACAGCGGGCACCGGAUCAGGUACCGGAUCAUCUGGAUCAACAGCGGGCAUCGAGUCAACUGGC